GGUGAAAUGCUCAAGAGCUGCACGUGAGUAGUCAGAAACACUUUGCACGUGUACACGAGCCUCCCUGCGGAAGGAGCCCUCUCUUCUGGGUGGGAUGCCGAGGAACAUGAUGUCGGACUUCUCUGGAAUGGUGUGCGAACUUCCUCCGAAGUGUCAGUUUGGGAAUUUUGGGAAGAGCAGCAACCAACUGGAGAGUGGAAGGGGACGACUGAGGCGCAGAAGUUCUACUUUGGAGGAUGACGAGGCCCUGAGAUACCUGAGUCACGAGGAAAAAGAUGUCCUCCUCUUCUUCGAAGAAACUAUCGAUGCCCUGGAGGACGACUUGGAGGAGCAAGGUCUUCGCCGCCACUCUCCAAAGUCAAUGCAAGAAAUUGCACCCAGCCGUUCGGAGCCUGAAGAUAUCAUAGACUUGGUCCGGCCAGUGCCCGAGAACAGCAGUCGAAACUCUGUUCAUAGCCGACACACGGAAGCAGGCUCGGAGGAGGUUUGGAAACUAGAUAAACACCGGCAAGAGUGCAACAGUGCCCCUGACGGGAACGUCCGUGCUGAUGCCGUUAUCCUUCCUCCGGUUCUCCCGUCAGCCCCUCCGUUGCCCAUCUACGAGGGGUAUCCCGCUGCAGUUCCUGUGCAGCACCCCAAACUGCUUCGCUCUGUCCCCACUCCGCUUGUGAUUGCUCAGAAAAUACGCGAGAACCAGGGGGAGGGCAGCCCUUUCUCUCCUGCUUCCCCAAAGGAGAAGAAGUCUGCGGAGAAAAGAACCCCGACUUCUUCGCCGAAGUGCAACGGGGGCCGUUUCUUGGCCUUCAAGCCGUCCCUCCCCCCUCCGACCGCACCCAAGCCCCUAAAGUUCCCCAGCAACAUCAGCAUCACCAAUAUGAGCGAAAGAGAGUUCUGCAAAACUAUCUCUCGGGCCGCCGUCAACGUCCAGGAACGCAAAGCCCAGGUGUUAGCCAACGUCAACGGCACGGCCUUACUGAUCAGCGAGCUGGAAGAGAGACUUCAGAAGCACGAAUUCUCGAGUCCCGUGAGAUGUUCGUCCGUAAGGGACUCGUCUUCGGAGCAAGCGAGGCACGAAGCGUUGAGUAAACUAGGCCUGGUGGAAGAAGCUUUGGUUCAGGCGGAGUCUGAACCAGAGAAAUCGCCGAGUGUUCCUGUGCCAAAGGAAGAAGGGCCCGGAGAACCGCCGGCUCUGUCCAACGGCUAUCGAAACAUCCACAACAUCUUAAAGCGAGAGCCCCACCCGUUCCCCAGCGUGAGCAAAACCGUGGCGUUCAAACCGGAUGCUCCUCUUGCGGAGAGCAAGCUCGUUCGACAGAGCACCACCAAGAGCUUUUACGACCACAGGCAGCCGGAUUUCGCCCUGGAGAUAAGGAAGAGGUCCGGCUCGCUCCCCAGGCCCUCUGGACUGAGACCCCAAGGCGUAACCGUACAGUUCUCCGGCCGCGGCUCCACAGAAGAAGCUAGGAGGGAGGCGCUGCGGAAACUGGGACUACUGAAGGAGUAGCUGAAGGGGAGUGAUAGAACGAAGCCAAACUUUAUGCCCUGACAGACUGUUUCCAGUGAGACCCCAGGACAAGUCUCUUUCCAGUGUGGGAAAUAUUAGAUCCGGGGAUGGUUUGGCCCUUUGACUGGGAAGGUUCCCGACAGGCUGCUGCUGUGGGAGGUGGCUGGUGGCGGCAGUGGAACUUCAACAGCCGCUUUGUUUGGGCUCGGCUACAAUGACAAUACAUGUAACCAUGCUUGCUAUCCGUGAGCUAGGCCUGAGCACCACAAUGCUGCCAGCUCCAUUAGGGUUCCUUUUGGGCCAUUCCAGCUUCCUGAUGCAACUCCCGUUAACUAUCAUCGGGCCACAAGUACUCAUGUUUGGAUUUUGUCAAUGGCUUUCCUUCUGACAAGCGACCGAAUCAUUUAUCGACUCUUCCUUUAGGAUGUCAGAAGGACUCUGUAUCCCACUUGGAGGCCAGAAAGUGCCCCCCCCACUCCCCGUUAAUGAAGUUUAAUGUUGCAGUAUUCACUUUGGAGGUUGCACGGUCGGCGAAUACAUCCUUGCACAAACGGGUUUCUUUCCUGGGACGCCGAUGAUAAUGAAGCCAAGAAUGGACUAAAACUGAAUUCUAUAGGGAUAAAUAUUUACCGAAGAGAGGUCAACCUAGACAGUAAAGCUGCUAUCUCCGA